CUCUACGCUAUGGGUUUUCGAUUUUACAGGGGUUUUAUUGUAAGCGAUUUAAUAGCAUGAAAUUUUGAAAUAGGCAUUAAAAUUAAAAAUUUUAAAACGGAGUAUUGUUUGUUUUUAAACUGUUUUAUAGUGAACUAAAAAUAAUGUUUUGUGUUUACUUAAAUUCUACACCCAUUAUAAUUUAAAUCAGUUUUUGUGUAAGAAGCUAUACCUCUGUCUCAGAAUAGGUGGACAGUAUUGAAAGGUGUUGUGUGAAAAACUCAUAUAGACUUAGAAAUUGAAAAAUUUCGGGAUAUUUGUGUUACUGAGUAAGAUGAGCUCAUCUUACCAUAAAUAUAAAAUAUAGCAGAUAUACUAUUUAAUUUGUGCUUUACUACACUGGUGGAUUGAUGAUACUCAACACGAAAAUUUGCAAGACAAAAAGAAGAAAAUGGCUGUUAAGAAGCAUCAAUUGGUUCGCCAGAAUCAAGAUGAGGUGAAUUUGACUACACUUGUAGAGUAUAUUCAACCAAUUGUUGAUAAACCUGUGUUUCUGCCACCUCCAAAUGAGCUAAUACAAAGUUGUGAAAAUGUUGUGCAGUGUCUAAGUCGUUUGACGGGCACAGAGCAGGAGCUUUGGAAAUGCCUACGAAGUAUUGAAAAGUUUCUUGUUUUAAUAAUAAGCAACGUGGAUUGUAAAUUACGCAAUGAUAUUAUCACAACCAUUAUUGAUAAAUUCUAUUCCUAUAUUUCGGAUCCAAAUUCCAAUGCUUGUCCGGCCACGUCCGUGGUGUUGAUUGUGAUGGACGCACCCGAACCCAGAGCUGCAUUGUCCUCAGCGCGAUGGGUUAUUCAACAGAGUAAAAAAAGCCCGUCGGAUGACGGUCUACGGUCGGCGCUCUCGUGUCUAUUUCGCUGGCUUUCAGACUCGUAUACUUUACCUUAUCUAAGCAACUGGAUACUAUGCUUUAUUAAGGUCCUAGAGGAAAAUGAAAUGUAUGAUAUUCUUAUUGAGGAGUCCGUGAAGAAUAUAGGUAAUCUCUUUUCUGUGAUGAUAAGUCCAGCUACUCGGAAACAACCCGUUGCUGAUGUAAUACUACAUUUAUUGAUAUCGUUGCGGGAGUCGCCUGAAGCCUUUGAUCAGAUAUCCAAGCAUAUAGGUGAAAUCCUAGAGUCUCUAGCUGCUGAUAGCAGGCAAUGGAGCAGGCAACUAUUGGGAAGCCUAGUUGAUAUUCUGACUUCUAUGAUCAAUUAUAAUAUGCAGUCAUUGAAGGGCGUCCAGCUUUAUAUGUUCCGGGACAAAUACAGCUACGUGAUAAAGCAUCUAGAACGUCAUAUGAUAACAAACGAUUCUACGGUAAUAAUGGAUCCUAUAUGGAAGUCGCGAAACACUGGCCAACCAGCCAAGGUAGAUAUUGUUACCAGUCCCAAAGUUGGUCUACAAAAUCUUGGCAAUACUUGCUACAUCAACAGUGUAGUGCAAGCUCUUUUUUUGAUACACCAGUUUAGUAAUUAUGCGGUGCUCAAAAUGUAUGAAAAACCCUAUUGGGCCAAAAUGUCGGCACUAUUUGUGACCAUGAUGCAUACGGUUGCUCCAUGUAUCAAACCAACAACGUUUGUGUCCGUCGCCAAACCGGACUUUUUUGUGCCGAAGCAACAACACGAUUGCUUUGAGUUCCUGGGGUACUUGUUCGAGUUGUUAAAAUCAUAUGAGAAUAGUACAGUAACCGAUGCUGACUUUGCCUACAAUACACCAGUCGUGCUAAAUUCUAGCCGAACGAGCGUGACUGAGGGAAAGUCGGGCCAUGGCAAGAGUAACGAGCCAAAAGUUUCCGAAAAGCCAUGCACGUCGUCACAAACUCCAGAAUCCAGUAACGCGGCUGGUCCGUGCAGUCUAAAACGUCACACCGGUGCCGAAAGCAAUAUUACCACCAAACGGCGACGUUUUAACGACUCGUUCAUUAACAGUGUAUUUGCUGGAGUAUUCCUCACUCGUAUAACAUGCGUACAUUGUGGCUCUUCUUCGCGCUCUAGAGAUGUUUGCCGUGAUCUACAAUUGGCGUUUCCAGAGAAAUCCGGUGGCAACCAGUACACUAUUCAAGGGCUGAUCGACUUUUAUUUCACUAAUGAAAUAUUAACGGGCGAGAAUAAGUACCAGUGCCAUGAAUGUAAUAUUUUGCGUGAUGCAGAAAAGUGUGUCACUAUUGAAUCUACCCCGAAAAUACUGAUAAUUAUUUUGAAAACCUUCAAGUACGACACAAAACUACGCGUUCAGACCAAAUUAAUGCACUCCGUAAUGUACAAUACAUCUGUCACAUUGCCCACUCCGCGUUCCCAGACGGAUAAAAACAUAUACAAUUUGUUCGCUGCUGUUAUUCACGCCGGGACCACCAUGAAUGCUGGGCAUUAUUACACAUUGGGAAAGGAUAAUAACGAUUGGUAUAUAUUUGACGAUUCCAGAGUGAAAGCAACAGACGAGACUGGUAUUAACAGGCUCGACCGUUCACACACACCGUACAUGCUUUUUUAUCGGAGGAAUGAUAUUGUUGAAGGCUCAAUUGCAGCUUUCGCAACUCUGCCUAAACAGAUGCAACAAACGGUGAUGUCAUACAACAAGGCCCAUUUAGAACUCCGUCAAACAGUCAAAACUCGUCCAUGACGGUUAAGGUCUAACAAAUUCAUGUACUUUUCCUUAGAUUGUGAUAUAUAAACACUAGAGAUAUAUGCGGAGUGAGAUAAAAAGCGUCGGAACUGAUUUUCAAAAUUAAUGUAUAGUAGAAACGAUUAUAAGAAUGCCAUCGUGUUUUAAAGUACAUUUUUAUUGUGCAUGGAUACCCAAGGAUAUAUUUUUGUGCGGGUCAACAUUUUAGUGUGGAACUAUAAUCUGAACAUUUUGAGAAAGUGAGUGUUACAUGGGUUGCAGCUACUGAAAAUUGUAUUUUUCAAUGUGAAGAAAACUAAAACUGACAAGUAUAUAAGUGAAUUAAGAACAAUGAAGUAAGUGUAGUUAAAUAUCAAUUGUAAUCAAAUUGAUUAAUAAUCAAUAUUAAUACUUUUAUGAUCGAUUGCGAUUGACUAUUUGUUGUUUAUCUGUAGCCAAAAUUUAUGAUAUAAAUUAAGUGUUUUAUGUAUAGAAUAAAUUGACUUCGAAGAUGUGUAGAGUAGAUUAUCAUAAUUUCUUACCGUGACUACAGCUUUAAAGCACAAACUAUUAUGUUAUCCAUUCGACAGUGGGAUUACAUAGGUAUAUUUAUUUAGAUAAAUUAUUAAUUUGACGAUAAUUAUUUAGAUACUAAAAUUGUAUCAUAUUGUAAUAGUAUAGUCGAUGUAUCCGUCUAAAUAGCUUUCCCUGAACCGCUACGAAUUAUGUAUAUGAUUACUGUGUAUAUAAUUUUUAAUAUUAGUGCAAAAUCAAAGUGGUCACAAUAUGGGUAACAUUCAGAAACGAGAUAGUAGUGCGAACUAUAAAUCCCGUAUGUAAAUCAAACACGUUUUUGAAAUAUGUCUCGUUUCUAAAUAUUGCCCUAAAUUUAGUAGUCACUAAAAUUUGGUAGACCUAUUUAUGAAUUAAUUAAAAUGCAUGCAUGUACAAUUAAAAAUAAAUAAAUCUUAAUGUAUAUAAUCAAUUCCUAAUUAAUUAUAAGAAGUUGAUUGAUUUGUUAUGACAUUGGUGUGUAUUAAUAAUCACAUAAUACAUGGAAUAAUAAAAAUAAA